AUCCAUGACGCCGCACUCUUUUCCCCCGCUGCUCAUCGAUGCGUGAGUGAAACGCUGUGUAGGCAACACGGGGACAAAACGGCCAUCCCAGGUGGCCGGGAGGCUGUGUUCUAGAAAUAUAGAGACAGAGGAAACGGGAAAGUCCCUCUGGGAGAGAUGCGCAACUUUAUGCGUGCCUGCCGAUGGUUCUAGCAGUUCGAGAGGAAUUCCUUGGGUGUUCAUGGACAGGCAUCGGCAUGAUCGGUGAGCUAAGUACGCUCUCCUUUUUUCAAUCGAAACGGCUGCCUGCGGAUCUAUAUCACGAUCAAUCAAUCAAUCAACGAAUCGUCCUGGUCGGUCAUCACCUGCGCUCCAUGGAACGGCUACAAGAGGAGGGACGGGGAAUUACGAGAGGCGGCGGCGGCGACGAGCAGACAGGGUGGACACACAGGUCGGGUCGGCGAGGAGAUGUCCGACUCCCUCAUCAUUUCUGUUUCAAUUCCUGCACUCUCGAGACGAGAGAAGAGGGUGGUGGUGGGCGUGGGCGUGGGUGUGUGUGCGCCCUGGGACAUUUUCGACCAGGGCGAGGGAAGCAUUCAGAGGAAGGGGGGGUGGAAGUUCUUUUAUCUGCGCCUUCCGGGUUUGUUGUUUUUCGACUUUGCGAUUUCUCGCGUCUCGCAAAUUUCAUUAAAUAGUUACCUAGGUAGGGAGGGAAGGAAACAAAAACCUGGAGAUGAUUCUUUUUUCGUUCGUACUUUCGAUGGCAUUGCUCGGUCUUCAUAUCCCGUUGCAUUGCAUUACAUUGCAUUCCGUUCCGUUCCGGAUC